GUGUUAUACCCUACCGGUUAAUUAACUUCCUCUUUCGAUUUUGUUCUUAAUAGAUAAGGACGUUCCUCCAAGGAAAUAGGAUUUUAUACUUCCAGAAUAUCUUUUGUACCGUCAAUUUACUUCCUCUUCCACUGCUGAGUCGACAUGGCCGCUCGAUUAAGAACACAACGACAAAUUAACGAGCAGACACAACAACAUAAUUUGUUGAUUCAGAACGGCGAAGAUAGAAUUAGAAAAGAUCAAGGAUGGCGGAAGUACAUUCGAUAUUUGAAUCCAGAGGAAUGGGCGAGUUCUAUAUACAGGUCUAUAUAUGGCCUCUCGAGUGUCUAUGAGACACAAAGAAGACUCCAAAUCAAAGAAAAGGAAAACGAAGAACUGAGGGCAGAAAAUAUUAAAUUAAGAUACGAGAAAAAUGAAGCAAUCACACGGUUAAGUCAGCAGGUUUCAGUCAAACUUCGUGACAACAAUCAAAACAUUGCUGAGCUUAGUGACCCCUACAGACCCACGAAGCUGGCCGAGAUGUUCAGUGAGCUAUACGACAACGAGUGGACAGCCGCAUUCAUGGAACUUGAAAUGGAGAAUUUUGAGGACAGGCACAUUAUUGAAAUUCUACUGAACGUUUUAAUGGUGAGCUAUUCAUUUUGUGCCAAAACUCUUGAAGACAACUGCGAAACUGUGUCACAAUGGUAUUUUGAUAAGAACUCUGAAACUGUCAAGAAAACGGCGAAGGCAUUAAAAGAUGAAAGGAAAGUGUUCAUGCCUAAUCACAUUGCCAAGAUACAAAAGGAAUUUUGUGAGCAUCUUAUCAACAUUUGCAACAGUGAAAAACUCAAGAAGCUUCUGCAGGGGGACUCUGUAAAGAGUUACAUUGCCAAAUGUGUUAAACUGAGUCUCCUUAUGAACGCCACUGACCCGCCACUUGUCAUGAAAUGUGAGAGCGACACUGAAAAACGCACAGCAGGGCGCGAUCUGUACAAUAAAGACAUGUUUAAAGAAUAUACAACGCGUGGGAAAUAUUUUGACUUCUGUACUUGGCCGGUAUUAUUCCUUCAUGAAAACGGGCCAAUUUUAUCAAAAGGUGUAGCACAAGGUGUUAACGAUCCAGAUGUAAAGGAUAUGGGCAAAGCCGAAACCUGGUUCCGAUUGAAAUUUUAAGAAAACAACAUGUAAAACAUUUCAAAUAUAUUGGUGUCAAACUUAUGAAAAAGAUCUGAGUGCAUUUUGUAAAUGUUAUUUCAUAUUUCUGUGUGUUAUAAAAAGGAAUUAAAAUUACCUUAGAGUGGUUUUAGUGAAUGUAAUUAGACAUUUAAGGGACUAAUAUGUAAUGAUUCAUUGUUAUAAUCAUUUAACCCAUUUAAAAUCAAUCAUCAAACGUGUUAAGAUCUGUUGCUGUCUUUGAUUACAAAAGUGUGAUUUUUUUUGGCAGGGCCUUUUUGGAUUGGAACUUUCUGGUAACUGGGCCUCACGCAUUGAGUUAAUCACAAUUGUGCAUUCGUUUAAAGCUGUUAAUGCAGUCACUUCUUAUCAUCAGAGAUAGUUCUAUGUUAUGAUAUGAUCGAAUGUAUCUAAAUUACAUAAGGAGCUACUUCUUUUAACAUGUCAACUACUUAGAAUUCAACUCAUCUCUCUAUAUAUAUAUAUAAAAAGGAGUUGAAUUCUAAGUAGUUGACAUAUUAAAAUAUAUAUAUUAAAAAUAACUUUUCACUUCGACACAUACUUCCUGUCUGUAUUGUUACUAGACUGAAUAUUUACACAAAGUUUUCAUGUACAAUGAUUGUCUGUAGUAUGCUACUUUAACAGCUUUAAACUAAUCUUACCUGAUUCAAAUAAGACUAUUACAAAAAUGUAGUUUAAGUGAUUUCCCAAAGGCUCGCUAUAGUUUCGUUUUGUAUAAGUUGUCCGAUAUAGGGAGUUACAGAUAUUUGCAAACAUAACUCUCAUCAUAGAAAAAACUGUUGUAUGUAAUUAUGUAUAUGUAUACCCAUUAUUUCGACUUAUCUGUGAUUAUACAUAUAAGGUUAUUUACUUGUUAGUUUAAUUAAUAGAUUAUAAAAUGUUUUGAUUUACUGAACUUUUGAAGUUGAUGUAUUUACUAAUUUGAUAUUUAUUUUUGUUUUUGGUUGUUUAGUUUUGUAAUUUGUAUGCAUGGAAUCACCUGAAAACUCUAUAUUGUAUAUUUCUUUGUCCACAUGGCCUUCUUUAUAGUCUGUGAAUAAAUCUUGAAUCU